UGAAUGAAUGAAUGUCUUAAAUCCCUUCCAUUUUACAUCGUGCUUCAUUUCUAUUAACUUUUCUCAGUGGCUGCCAUUAACGGGGCCGGACGUCCAAUCCAUGAUGACUUGGAGUUGGAGGGCCUUCAAAAUUGAUCUAGCGCCGACGAUGGCAUUGAAAAAAGAUCAUUCAAAGUCAAUUCUCCUAGUUUAAAUGAAUUGGACGUCUGUUCGGAAUUUGUAGUGUCUGCUUUUCCUAGUAGGUGGCAGCAUCGACCCAUUUUGCUUAUCAAUCUUUUCUCCUUUGCGUGCCUGCGGCAAGGGGGGCUGUGCGUAUGUGUCAUGUCCCCACAGUGAGUGAAAGCUGAUGGACGCAAAAAAGGAGAAAAAGAACACGGCGCCGUUUAGCCGCUCGGAGGUUUUCAGCCAGCUUAGGAGGGAACUCCAUGGGCAGCUACAGUCCGAUCGUUCCAACAUAUUCAUCAUCCUGGGAGCUUCGGGAGAUCUUGCAAAGAAGAAGAUAUACGCCACCUUAUGGUGGUUGUUCCGAGAUGGCCUGCUCCCAGAGGACACCUACUUUGUGGGUUUCGCCCGCUCUAACUUGACAGUGGAGGAUGUCAUGGCAGCAUGCCUGCCUCACAUGAAGGUGACUGAUAGUGAGGGUGAGCGCCUUUCCACCUUCGUCAGCAGGAAUUCAUACCUGAGCGGUCGCUACGAUGACGCUGGUUCGUUCCAUAAGCUCAACGCUCAUGUGUCCUCUCUGCCCGGCGGACCUGAGGCCAACCGGCUCUUCUACCUGGCUCUGCCCCCCACUGUUUACCGCGACGUCUGCACAAACAUCAGCGGCCACUGCAUGAGCCCCAAAGGUUGGAACAGACUCAUCGUUGAGAAGCCUUUCGGACGGGACCUGAGAAGCUCCCAGGAGCUGUCCACGCACAUGGCCUCGCUCUUUUCAGAAGAACAGAUCUACCGCAUUGACCAUUACCUGGGCAAAGAGAUGGUGCAAAACCUCAUGGUGCUCAGGUUUGGCAAUCGUAUCUUUGGGCCCAUCUGGAACAGGAACAGCGUGUCAUGUGUGGUGCUCACCUUCAAGGAACCAUUUGGGACGUAUGGCCGUGGAGGAUACUUUGAUGACUUUGGAAUCAUUAGAGACGUGAUGCAAAACCAUCUCCUCCAGAUGCUUUGCUUGGCGGCCAUGGAGAAGCCCGCCUCCAUAGGGCCAGAUGACGUGAGAAAUGAGAAGGUGAAGGUGUUGAAGUGUAUCGCUCCAGUGGAUGCCUCCGAGGUGCUGCUCGGGCAGUACGUGGGGGAUCCCGAGGGCGAGGGCCUUGCCAAGAUGGGUUACCUUGACGAUCCCACCGUCCCUGAGGGCUCUUGCACUCCGACCUUUGCCAUCGCUGUGCUUUAUGUGCACAAUGAAAGAUGGGACGGUGUGCCUUUCAUACUACGUUGCGGUAAAGCCCUAAACGAGCGCAAAGCUGAGUUACGGCUCCAGUUCACUGACGUGCCUGGGGACAUCUUUGCAAAAGAAUGUCAGAGGAACGAGCUGGUGGUUCGCGUGCAGCCGGACGAAGCAAUCUAUCUAAAGAUGACCACCAAGAGGCCUGGGGGUCACUUCAGGCCAGAGGAAACGGAGCUGGAUCUCACCUACAAGAGCAGAUACAAGAACGUGAAGCUCCCAGACGCGUACGAGAGGCUUAUACUGGAUGUCUUCUGUGGCAAUCAGAUGCAUUUUGUUCGCAGCGAUGAAUUGCGGGAGGCUUGGAGAAUUUUUACCCCGCUCCUCCACCAAAUUGAAGAGAACAAGACACGCCCUUUAGCCUACAAAUAUGGAAGUCGCGGGCCGAGGGAAGCCGAUGAGCUGCUGAGGACGGCUGGGUUCCGCUAUGAGGGGAAAUACAAGUGGGUGCAACCCCACAUGUGACACACAAACACUCACAAUGUUACUGCUGACAGGUUUAAAAAUAAUAAAGUUUAGACAAAAAUGUCACUCCUGUCUGUAAUUUGUUUGAUUUGGAGGUGCAGGCGAGGAGGCGGAUCACGCAAAGGAAAAAAAAAAAAUCUGCGAAAACCCGAGGAGUGCAAAAAAAAAAAAGUAAAACCGCACGGGGGAAAAAUUAUCUGGAUUUUGUUGAAAAAUGUUUUUUCCGCUGCCCCAACCCUUUUUUGUAAAAGAACAAAAUCUGAAAACGACGAAAAACUUUUCAUGGUUUUAUGGUACCAUUUUUUGCCACCAAUCUGACAUACUGUAUGGCUCCUUUAAAUACUGUGAAGCCUGGACUCAGGACACACCAAUUCACCGGAUUUUUUUGGUUUUGUUUUUCUGCAAAACAGGCCUUUGGGAGUAUCGUUGAAGCUUAAGCCCCAUUUGUUCAAUAAUUUCUUGGGUUUAAAGUAUUUGUUUUCCCCAUGCAAUUAUAAUGAGUGUCAACUCUUCACAAUUUUUCCUCAUUCAUGGCAGGUAUACCAUCCCUCGUGAGUAAAUGUAAAGAUGUUUCAUCAGACAGGAUUUUUUUUUUUUUCUUUAGGGGUGCAACCGAUACAGAUAUGGAUAACUUCCUGCUCCUCAAUGUCAAUACCAAUAUCGAUAACAGAUAAUAAAUAUAUAAUUUUUUUGAUGUAUAUUCACCUGAGUUUUUUAACACUUGGAGGUUUAAAAAAAAAAUAAUAGUGGAUUCAACAUAGAUUUGCCUUUGACCUCACCAGAAUUUUCAUAAUGACAUGAACAUUAUUAUAAUAAACAAAACAAAGACAUGAACAGUCUUGACUUCAAACAAAGUGCCAAUAUUUAUUUUUCAAAUAAAUAUAAUUUGAGUCAAUCACAAUCAAUUAGUCAAUAUAAUUGAAGAUGUGUUUCCUGAACAAUGAGCACUGAACUAAAACCCAACACGUAUUGUGCUUUGUCAUCAGAUAAAAAUAUUUGGUGCUACAGGAGACUGUUGUGGUCUUGGUCCAUUGGUCCAUGAUACAACUUUCUUAACCUGGGAGACAGGUUAAGACAGCAUGCCUAUCAAUAACCAAAAGGUCUCUCAAUAACUUACUAACUUAUAACUAACACUGUAAAAUGCAAACAUUAUAUAGUAAAGUUUAUCAUUCAUUCCUCAUGAAAAAAAAGGAUUAAUGGCUUGCCUUAUAAAAAUCAAUAUAAACGGCAGAGAGUCAACCCAUAUUCAAUAAAGUAUGAGGUUUCUUCUCUGCAUAGUAUAAAAUCCUACCAAGCAUGCUGACAGGACUAACAUUACACAACAACUAUUAUAUGUACGUAUAGCAUAGCACAGUGUUUUUCAACCAGUGUGCCACAGCACACUAGUGUGCCGUGAGAGAUCGUCAGGUGUGCCGCGAGAAAUUAUCUAAUGUCACACAUAUAUAUAUAUAUAUAUAUAUAUAUAUUGUAAUGUCCGUAACUGGGUGCGGGCCCUUGAAGGGGCCAUCAGACUGCAGAGUGAUGACGUAGCGGGAAGCAUGCAAUGUGGGAGGGAGAACGGCGUGUGAGCGAAGUUAGCGGUCACAUGUUGCGGAUGCCGAUGUUAUUUUGUUUAUUAUUUUCCAUUGUUGCCCCAAUAAAGUGGGAAAGUCUUCACCGACUCCUCUAAUUUCUAUUUUCCCAUUCGGGGCUAUUACAACAUUUUCUUUUUACGUCGUCGGUCGGAGAUGCAGUAGGAAGGAAGGAGUAGGUAGAAAGUUCUCAGCCCUGGUUGUGUGCAGAUGAGCGACGUAUUGCUCGUGUCACGUUCAAAAACUGCUCGGAUUUCUAGCUAUCAACGACCUUGCUGUCCGCGACAAUGUGUAUCCCAGCAUGUCUACUGCACAUCAUUUGGUUAGACUCGUCAUGUGUUGAUAUUCUCAGAAGUGGCCUUUAUAUUUUAUGCAUAUGUGACGACCGUCAAUCCUCCCCCUGUGUUUUAUUCUAACACAUUGUUGAGAACACCAAGGUGGCAAAUCUCUAAAUAUCCGAGCAGUUCUUGAAAACGACACGAGCAGCCAUCCAACAAGUUAACAACAGCGCCAUGGUGCCAAGCAAGUUUAAACGUCAUCUCCAAACGAAACACCCGUCGCUUCAAAACAAGUCAAUGGACUAUUUUGUUCGCCUUCACGAAAACACAGAGAAACAAGCAACUUUUUUGAUAAAAACUACGAUGGUAAAUGAGAAAGCCCUCAAAGCCAGUUACCUUGUUGCUAUAUCCAAAAAGUCCCACACCGUGAGAGACAUUAAUUAACUGCCUGAAAAGUCAUUGUCUGCGAUAUGCUCGGCCCUGAUGUGGUUAAAGACAUUGCUCAAGUCCCCCUGUCUGAUACUUCUGAGCUUUUUCAAGCCUAACUGCUAUAAAAAAAUAAAAACAGAGAAAGACUGAGAGCUGUUGAAGAAUAAGGAUAUCGACUUUGUGUUCAAGUUUCACACUGAGUAAGUAUACAUACUGAGAAAUUAUUUUAUAUUUAAAUAUACUGUACAGAAAAUAAUUUUGGAACAUUUUUGGUUUGUGGUGUGCCGCGAGAUUUUUUCCAUUGUAAAAAUGUGCCAUGAGUCAAAAAAGGUUGAAAAACACUGGCAUAGCUACUAGCUUGUGCUACUAGCCUUAGGCAUUGGCUGGUUUCUACUACACAACAACUUAUAAAGUCCAGUACAUAUGACCCUUCACCCCCGAAGUAAACAUAUAUUGCACAUCCAUAUGUUAUAGUAAACAUAAAUACUUGCAUCUAUUUCCGUGGCGAAAAAGUAACAAAGCAUUCACGAUUGACAAUGCUACCGCUAGACACAGCACUGUGUAAAGUGAAUGAGUUUGUGGGCCAAAUUAUAGAUGCAGUGAAAUAUUCUGACCGGCAGGUGGCAGCAAUGCCCCGCAAAUGCUCAACUUAUUUCCCAGCCAGCCAGCACAGUACAUAUUAUCGGUCCUGUUAAUAAUGCUAUUGGAUUUAUUGGAAUUACGUCAUAAUUACUAUUAUCGGACCAAUAAUUGUCAUGCACCAGUAGUCUUUUUUUCCCCAUUUCCAAAACACCUGACACCAUCACUGUACACAGUGCAUUGUAGAUGUUCUCAAAAGCACAAUGGGGAGGAACAAGUUCCUCCACUUUGACGGUUCAUGUUUACCUGCCAGAAACCCAUUAUUUUUUUGUACACUGUUGCCUUGAGAAAAAGAAUAACACCCUGAGAGGUAUUUCCUAAACAAAACUGGGCAUUUAUUAGUUCCGGCAACAAUUGUUUGCCAUUAUGUGCCCUGGCUUGAGUGGUGACCUAUCAAGUGGGCUACACCUGGGAGUGGUCGGCAGCCAAAGUCAGCUGGGAUAAAUUCCAGCUCACCUGUAAACCUCAAGAGGACAAAGACUAUAGAAAAUGGAUUUUUAGUUAUAAAAAUAAAUAGUUUAUUGAAUUAAUUCCAAUGGUUAAAGACACCUUUUGGCAAGACCCUCCAGGGUGAAAGGAAUUCCUUCUCAGCUGCUUCCUCAUUUCCCUCUAGUUGGCCAAAGUCUUUUACAGAUGGCCAUUUUCUAAUUGAACGGCCGCUGUGUCUUCAAUGCCUCUGGCGUAAAGUCGCACCAGCUGCCCGUGGAUCCUAAAGGAAUGAAAAGAAAAGAACACGCUGAAGCCUUUCAUUUACGUUCCAUUUUCUAUUGUGUUUAUUCUAGUGGUGCUAAUUACGAUUAAAACAAAAUUAUUUUAAUGUGUUUUUGUUGUUAUUAAAUGAUGAUUAAUAUGUUAAAGCCCCAUCCUUGAGUUAUAUAUUUUUUUUAAUGAUUAAAUUUCCUUAUUUUCAUGAAAUUAUGUCUAAAGAAGACUUAUUAGUACUUAUUAGAGAUACGGCAUAUUUGUUUUCUUGGUUCUAAUUGAUGUUGCUUAACUAUUCAAAUAAACAAUUUGUUGCAUUUUCAUUUUGAUGAAUAAUUAAAUAUUAAUAAACAACUUCACGCGCACAUUUACUCGAACAAAAAUUUUACUCGCCAUUGUAUUGUUAAACUUUACAGUAUGUAAAGAUUUUACAUUUUAUCUUACUUUAUUCCAAGUAUAAAAAUGAAAAUGAUUACCGUAUUUUCCACACAAAGGCGCACCUAAAAGCCUUCAAUUUUCUUAAACGCCGACAUAAUCCGAUGUGACUUAUACAGUGGUAACUCUACCAGGUCCUUGUUUGUAAGUCGAAAUGGUCGUAUGUCAAGCGGUAUUUUCCCAUGAAAAUAAAUUAUAAUCCCAUUAAUUCGUUCCACAGCCUGAAAACCUACACUAAAUCAUUGAUAAAUGCUGCUGAUACGAUUGCAAAUAGCAAUUACACAGAGCAAAACAAAUAAAUUAUGAAUAAAAAUCAGAAUAAUAAUAUAAUAAUAGUAAUAAUAAUACCUGUAAUAAUGUAACGAAUGGGGUUCUAAUGACGCAGCUGCGUUUUGUGUAGUGUACCUGAACGCACCGCGUGGCUGACUUGACAGAGGGAGGACUUUUUACUUUCUUUUUGUUCAGCUGGGGUGUACAACAAGCAUGUUUUGUUGCACAAGUUCUGAAAUAAAUGAUUAAAAA